AUGUGCCUCAUAACUCUGAUCAAGGGUACACAUAGGCCUAGGCUCAUAUCGUUGGUUGAUGACACGUCAAUUAAUAAGGUGAAUGCGGGCACUGAGCAGCUAGGCGGAGGGAGAGUGUUGACACAUUCUGAUAAACAGUUCGGAAUCAAGUCGAAACCUAUUGGUGGUGGGUCCAACGGUGUAUUCAUAACUGUUAUGGAAUCGUCACAGGUUUUCCCAAUGCUUGAGACACUAGUCGCUUAUGAAUCGAGGUUUAACCAUAGAUAUCACUAUGAUUGGGUAAUCUUCUCAGAUAGGGCAUUGCCUCUGCACAUGAAACGACAGGCACAGUUCCUGACCUCGGGCAAGGUCAAGUUCUCCAUGAUUGAUAGAAGUCAUUGGUCGUUCCCCAAAGGUGUUGAUGCUGAGAGGGCAUACGCAUGGAGGGGGAGGAUGGAAGCACUUCAUCUAACAGAGGGUAAUUAUAUGGAUUCUCGUCAUAGAAGUAGAUUCCUGAGUGGUGUUCUGCAGAAUUUGGAGGAGCUGUCUUCUUACGAUUAUUACUGGCUAGUGGAGCCAGGCUCAGCAUUAACGUGUGAUAUAAACUACGAUGUUUUCCAAUUCAUGAAACAAGAAGGGAAAAGAUUUAGCUUUAUAGCAGCAGAACGUGGUGAUGAUAGAAGGGCACCAUCGAUUUUCAACAAAACGUUGGAAUUUAUACAGGAAUUCCCAGAACUGAUACCAAGCGAUAAUGGAACGUCAUUCGUCAAUAUGAAUACAGAAUUGGACAACCUUCAGCAGAAUUAUCAUUGUGAAUUCUGGUCUCAGAAUGAAAUCGGAGACUUAAACUGGCUAAGGUCCAAGGAAUACAUGAAGUUCUACAGCUAUUUAGAAUCAACUGGUGGCUUUUAUUUGGAGAAUUGGACAGAUGCGAUGUUCAAGACCUUAGCUUCUUCAAUACUGCUACCUCCAAAACAGGUGCAUUGGUUUAACGAUAUAGGGUAUACGUUUCACGGGAAGGAAGUGUGUCCAAGUGAUCAACUGAGCAGAGAAGUAUUGAGAUGUUCUUGUGAUAAAAGUAAAAGUGUUACAUGGAAUCCGAAGAGGUACUGCAUGCACAAGUACUUCAUAAUCAAUCAUUACGAAAGGCCGGAAGAUUGGAGAGACCAUUUGAAUAGAGGUGUGUCAUAA